AUGGAAGCAACAGCGGACCUAGCCACUCCGUCAAGCCGUCCGCUCUCUGUCCGCGUGUCGGCGGAGACAGAAUGUGCUGACAAUUCCAUGGCCGAAGAACCAAUGAGCCCUACUGGAAGAGGCAUGGAAGAGAUGGGUAUCUGCAUCGUCUUUGUGAUGGGGCUCGGCACGCCCGUGAACCUGCCCGUCUUCCGUGCCGGCAUUGAAACAGAACUAAUUGCCCGUUUGCCACGCUUACGCAGUAUUCUAGUAAUGGACGAGUCCACCAAUGAUGGCAAGCCGCGAUGGGUGCAAACGACAGUGAAUGUGGACGACCACAUCGUCGUCCCAACGCUGGAUCCUGCUGCCGUGGCAUCCGACCCAGAAAAGGCAGUGGAGGACUACGUGGCGUCGCUGUCCCUACUCUCGAUGGAUAGACGCCGCCCGCUCUGGGAGUUCCACUUCCUCAACUUUCCAACCUCUGAGGCGGCCUCCACGGUGGUGCUCCGCCUGCACCACUCCAUUGGUGACGGCAUGUGCAUUACUACGCUCCUUGUAGCGUCGUCGCUCAGUGCAGCUGACCCGGCGAGGGUGCCAGCGAUGCCGCCAGCACCCAAGCGAACAGGUCCAAUCUACCAGGUGCCACCACGGCCUCCGCUGUCUUCAGGCGAUUACCUAGCACUCCUCGCAUGGGUUUGGUCGUAUUUUGUACUGGCGUGGCACACACUGGUGGACAUGGCGUUGAUUAUCGCGACGGUAAUGUUCUUGAGUGAUCCACAGACAUUGUUCAUGCGUGCGCCAGACAGUAAGGAGUCUCUUCACCGCAAGCGUUUCGUGCAUCGGAGCCUUAGCUUUGACGAUGUCAAACUCAUCAAGACUGCCAUGAACUGCACUAUUAACGACGUGCUAGCCGGUGUGACUUCAGCAGCUCUUUCACGAUACUACUUUAGGAAGUCUGGUGACAGUAACCCUAAGAGAAUCUGUUUGCGAUCAUUCGUCCUAGUUGACACAAGGCCAGUCUCCACCCGACAAACAUAUGUUACCAGGGUAAAGACAGGCAAUCAACUCAGUAGCCUCAUCUGUCCGUUUAAUAUAGCCUUGCAAGAUGAUCCCCUUGGGUAUGUUCGCGAGGCAAGAAGGUUUAUGCAUAGGAAAAAGAGCUCUUUAGAAGUACUGUUCACACAAGUGGUCGGAGAGUUUUUGGUGAAAAACUUUGGUGCCAAGGCAGGAGCUUUUAUCUUCCGCCGCUUUCUCAAACAUACAACCAUCAUACUUUCAAAUGCUCUUGGACCCGUUGAACAUAUGACGUUAUGUGGGCACCCAGUUGCCUUCAUGGCACCUAGCAUCUAUGGCCAACCACAAGCUUUAACCGUGCACUACUAUAAUUAUGGUAGUGAUAUCAAGGUAGUUAUGGCAGUUGAUGAAGCACAUUUUCCAGAUUGUCAUCGACUUUUGGAUGAUUUUUCCGAGUCCAUUAGGAUCAUUAAGAAUGCGGCAGCCCUCAAGAUGUUGAAAACAUCAAUCCAUAAUAGCAAGACCGAGUGA